AGAAAUCGUUCUUCGUCCGUGAUCGUGAAACGUGAUCAUAAGCACGACUCUAUCACGAGCGCUCAGCCUGUGAUCACGCGAGCGAGGGCGAGAAGGGCGAGGUGUUUUGGCGUUGACGAUCACUUGUUGCUCUGCUGGAAGUGUGUCUGACCCUUCUGAACUCGAAAUGAGCGAAAAGGCGGACAUCGCGCUGAUCGGCCUGGCCGUGAUGGGCCAGAACCUGAUCCUCAACAUGGACGACCACGGCUUCGUGGUGUGCGCGUACAACCGCACCACGGAGAAGGUGGACCAGUUCCUGGCGAAGGAGGCCAAGGGCACGAAGGUGGUGGGGGCCCACAGCCUGCAGGAGAUGGUGUCCAUGCUCAAGAAGCCGCGGCGCGUCAUGAUGCUCGUCAAGGCGGGCCAGGCGGUGGACGACUUCAUCGCCAAGCUGGUGCCCCUGCUGGAGAAGGGGGACAUAGUGAUCGACGGGGGCAACUCGGAGUACCACGACACGCAGCGCCGCACCAAGGAGCUGCGCGACAAGGGCCUGCUGUUCGUGGGCUGUGGGGUGUCCGGAGGGGAGGAGGGGGCUCGCUACGGGCCCUCGCUCAUGCCGGGCGGCAACAAGGACGCCUGGCCGCACCUCAAGCCCAUCCUGCAGGCGGUGAGCGCCAAGGUGGAUGGGGAGCCGUGCUGCGACUGGGUCGGGGAGGACGGCGCGGGCCACUUCGUCAAGAUGGUGCACAACGGCAUCGAGUACGGCGACAUGCAGCUGAUCUGCGAGGCCUACCACCUCAUGAGGACGGCCCUCUCGCUGUCCCACGACCGCAUGAGCCAGGUGUUUGAGGACUGGAACAAGGGCGAGCUGGACUCCUUCCUCAUCGAGAUCACCAAGGACAUACUCAAGUUCAAGGACGCCGAUGGGAAGCCGCUGGUGGAGAAGAUCCGGGACUCGGCGGGGCAGAAGGGCACGGGCAAGUGGACGGCCAUCGCGGCGCUGGACUACGGGGUGCCCGUCACGCUCAUAGGGGAGUCCGUGUUCGCGCGCUGCCUGUCGUCGCUCAAGGAGGAGCGCGUGCACGCCUCGACGGUGCUCAAGGGCCCGGCCAGCAGCGUCUACGACGGCGACAAGGACCAGUUCCUGGAGCACAUCAGACAGGCUCUGUACGCCUCCAAGAUCGUCUCGUACGCGCAGGGCUUCAUGCUGCUCCGCGAGGCGGCCAAGGAGUUCGGCUGGAAGCUCAACUACGGGGGAAUCGCGCUGAUGUGGCGCGGCGGCUGCAUCAUCCGGAGCGCGUUCCUGGGCAACAUCAAGUCUGCGUUUGAGCGCAACCCGGGGCUGUCCAACCUGCUGCUGGACGACUUCUUCCGCGCCGCCGUGCACCGCUGCCAGGAGUCGUGGCGCACGGUGGUGGCCACGGCAGCGCGGCUCGGAAUCCCCACGCCCUGCUUCAGCACGGCGCUCGCCUUCUACGAUGGCUACCGCUCGCACUCGCUGCCCGCCAACCUCAUCCAGGCCCAGCGGGACUACUUCGGGGCCCACACGUACGAGCUGGUGUCCAGCCCGGGCAGGUUCCAGCACACCAACUGGACCGGCCGGGGGGGCAACGUGUCCGCCAGCACGUACCAGGCGUAGCGGCUCCCCCCGCCUGCCGUGUCCCCUGGGACCCAGCGCUCGGGGGGGAGGCCCGUCGUCCGGCCGCUUCACGACACGCUCACGUUCCGUGAAACAUCUUGGACAUCUGUGAAGAUACCCUGGCUCAUCGGAAAGAAAAGAAAAUCAAUUGGACGCAGUUAUGCGAAAAGGAACCAACCCCCAUGAAACAUAUUCUGAGCAUUUUGAAGUUAAAAGUUAAUUAUAAAUUGUAAUUCUCGUAUCGAUAACAUAAUGUGGGUGUAAUUUUAAUGGUCUAGUAUAAGUACUGAUGUAAUAAUAGCAACGACGGUACGAUCAACCUUGUACUAUUUUAAUUUAAUUUUCAAAUAAAAAUAUAUAACAAAAUUGUGGGUUGGUUACUUUUUGCUUAACUACGUCCAAUUGUGCUAUAAAAAAAUAAUAAUUGGGUACUGUAGAUUCUUUUUGUUUACACGCCUUGAUUUUUUUAACUAUAUGUCUGUGGGUUUUACGAAAUACUAUUACAAUUUACAUUUUUUACUACAUACUUUCUUGUAGCUUGUAACUUUUUUAUUUUCUGGUCUUCUAGCAUUUUUAAAACUGGAGUAUUUUUUUUAGUGUGUCCAGUAAACCUUAUAAAAACAGUUCGUAAAUGAACACAACUUGUGUUUUGGUUAUAAAAAAAAAUAGACAAAUAUAAUAAUUUUUUUAUUUGGGAAGUACCUGUGUUAUUGAAGGAAAUGUGGGACAAGCUCUGAUUUAAAAGUAUUACCCUUGUCUGUCGCAAUUGUUCACGAUUCUGCACGCGUGUCGGGAAUGCAGGUAUGGGUUGCUCCUGCUACAGUUAUAUCAUGGGGAAGCUGGUGUUUUAUAGGAUAUUUAAGCCGCUAGGGCAGGUUCGGACGCUGGUACGCCCGGUAGCACGCUUGGCUAGUGACGUAGGCUUGAGUAGUCCGGCCGUGUGGCGACUGGCUAGGUGAACUCUAGCGAGCGUGGUUCGUCACAGCGGUCUUAUUUCGCGGGGCGUGGUUUAUGUUUAUAGUAAACAUAUAUAUAUAUAUUUGGUUCCUCAAUUUAUUUAUUAAAGUCUCCAUUUUUAGCAAAAUAUUUUAACAGCUGAAAGGGAGUGAGUUGUCUUUAAGCAGAUUUCCUCAGUUGAGUUUGUGAAAUGUCUUGUACUUAUUUCUUUACUUUAUCACGGGGCAAAUUAGUGGGAAUAGUAAUUCACUUUGGAAUCUGACCGGUAUAUUUUCCAGAAAAUUGACGCAUUUGCUACACAAUAGGUGGUCUUUCUAAACUAACUAAGCCUUUUAGUCUCCAAAAGUCUUUCAUGUAUGUUCUUUGUAUGAUGUCACUAAUUCACAGAGUUACUUUUAAAUGAGAAUAGUGAGUGGUUCCUAGUUGUGGCCAUAGUAGGUUUCAUUUCUCACACUAUGUUAUGUUCUUUAAAAACAAGAUUUUAAUUUUAACUGACGAUUCCAAAUUUUUAUAAGUUAUAAAAUUUAAAUUCUGAUAUAUAUGUUUCCACAUUUGUAUCACUGAUUGUCAGUGGUGCAGUUAAUUUUCUUUCACCAAAGUCAUUAUAAAUGUUGUGUUUUAAAUUAUGUAUGUCAGUCUCUGAAAAUGCUAAACCUCAUAUGUAUGACACAAUUGGCAGCAUAUUUUUGUACAUUAAUUGUAAAAUCGUCAAAAGUUGACUCAACAAGGUUUUGCCUUUAUUGCUUGAAUAUACACUUUACACGUUUAUGUAGAGCAUUCUCGGGAAACAGGUAACACUAACACUUGUUCCUGUAGUAAAAAAUCAUUCCAAACGUUGGUGUCCUGGAACAGUGAAAGCACGCUUGCUCUUGAAGGUUUUUUGAGACUGCCAAUAAACUGUAACAUUUGUGAGCACGUGGUGUAACUAGUGUGUGUGUGCCCUGGAGUGGAAAUGAAAAUUAGCAUAUUUUUCAUGUACUUUAGUUGUAGCAUGUAAACUGGUGCAAAUAUUGACGUAGAACAUAUCCUGCCAUUGAUGUUACGUUGAACCGUCAAUUAUUUCCCCCUCCAUCCUAUUUUAAAACAUGGGAGUGUAGUACAAAUAAUGCUUUUGUUUUAAGACUAGGACAUUAACCAUAAUUGCCUUUUGUGUUGGGAUAUGUGGAACAUGCUAUAAUCUUUAGCAACAGCUUGCUUUCAAUGUUUGUUUACGUUAAAAGUAGUACAGUGCUGUGUUUUUUUUCCAUGUUUGUUAUUGGUGACGUGCUGUUAAAAUGUUGAUAUGCAUUUUGUCCUUGAAAAGUGUCUGGUACAUGUGUGUUGUUAAAGCAGUUUGUUAAAGGUGUUAGUGAAAAUUACUUUGCAAAAUAUAAGUAGUGAUGAUUCUUAAAAUAUACAUAUAUUUUCUGUAUUUUAAUAAGUACUAAAUAAGGGUGUGUGUGUGUGUGUGUGUGGAAUUAUUUCCAAGGAUGAAACAGCGUAGGAUCAGGAAACAAAUUUACUAAAAUUUACAUUGCUUACUAAUUUUGCAGCACGAAAAUAUUUUAUUUACAUACACUGAAUGGCUUGGGUGUGGUCAUGCUGACAAUGUGUCUCUUUUAUAAGAACAUACGUAGCUCAUUCUGAUGGCUGUAAAAGUCAAAAGUGGGAUUAAAUAUUUGAUAAUUUUAUGGAAAAUGUUUUUUGUUAAACUAUGCAGAUUUCAUUACUGUAUGUUUGGAUUGUAUGCUAAUGUUGCAUUAAAAGAAUCCUGAGGACUGUA